AUGUCGAGCAACUAUCCCGCGCCACCUUCGUAUGCGCCCAAGGGCUACCAGGCUGUUCCGCAGCACGAUGCACCGUCGUACGGUGCGGCGGCGGAUGCGGGUGCGGGUGCCGCCCCGCGCGAUGUGGAUCAGGAAGGCGAUCCGGAUGACUUCAAGUUUGGCGUGACGGUCGAGCAGUCUUCGCCCGAAAUCCGGGCCAUGUUUCUGCGCAAGGUGUACAGCGUGCUUUUCUUCCAGAUCCUCGGCACGACGGCGAUCGCGGCGAUCAUGACGACGCAGGGGAUCGCGUCGUGGGUGCAGCAGAACCAGUGGGCGUUCAUCGUGCCCAUGAUCGGAAGCCUGGUGACCAUGGGAUUCCUGUACUGGAAACGCCACUCGCACCCGACCAACAUCCUGCUGCUGUCGCUCUUUACCGUGCUCGAGUCGAUCUCGCUCGGUACCGUGAUCACAUACGUGGACCAAAAGAUCGUCCUCCAGGCAAUGGUGAUUACGGCCUUCACGUUCUUUGGGCUUACGCUGUUUACGCUCCAGAGCAAGUGGGACUUCAGCAGCCUCGGCGGAUGGCUGUUUGGUGGCCUCAUGGUGCUGGUGGGCGUCGGCUUCGUCGGCAUCUUUAUGCCGUACAACCAGACGUUUGACCUCAUCAUGGCCGGUGCAGGCUGCGUGAUCUUCAGCCUGUACAUUGUCUACGACACCUGGCUCAUCCAGCGCCGUCUUAGCGCCGAGGAAUGGGUGCUCGCCAACAUCAGCCUCUACCUCGACAUUGUCAACCUCUUCAUCAACAUCCUCCGCAUCCUCAACAACCAGUCGCGCGACUAA